AUGUUGGACGUGAAUCUGUUGAGACCCGAUAAGGGGGGCGACCCGGAUGUCGUGCGAGAGAGCGAAAGGAGACGGUACCGUAAGCCCGAGGGCGUGGACGACGUCUUGACGCUCGACCUGGAGUGGCGAGACGCGAGACACGAGCUCGAUCGCAUCGGUGGAGAGUUUAAUAAGGCGAACAAGGAGGUUGCACUGUUGAUGAAGGCUGGGAAGAAGGAUGAGGCGGCGCCGUUGAUGGAAAUCGUGAAGGAGAUCGAUGAGAGACGAAAGGCGUGCGCGGAGCGGGAAAAGGAAGCCGAGGCAAAGAUGACGACGGCGCUGCUCAAGCUCGGUAACAUCGUGCACGACAGCGUGCCGAUCGAUGAUAAUGAGGAUAACAAUAAGGUUGAGCGCGUGUGGGGGGAGAAGCGCAUGGAGGAAAACCUGCCGAACCACGUGGACUUGAUCGCUAUGCUUGACAUCGCGGACACCGAGCAAGGAACCGAAGUCGCGGGUGGGCGAGGGUACUACCUCAAGGGUGCCGGCGCGCUGCUGAACCAGGCGUUGAUCAACUACGCGCUUGCGUUCUUGUCGAGCCGCGGACACACGCCGCUAGCGACGCCCUUCUUUAUGCGUCAGGAUCGCAUGGCGGAGUGUGCGCAGCUCGCCGAUUUCGAUGAGCAACUUUACAAGGUAACGGGCGAAGGCGAGGACAAGUACCUGAUCGCGACGAGCGAGCAAACGUGCUGCUCGUAUCUGCGCAAGCGUUGGUUGAACACGAACCAGCUUCCAAUUCGGUUGGCGGGUUACUCCACGUGCUUCCGCAAGGAGGUCGGUUCGCACGGUCGCGAUACUCUUGGUAUUUUCCGCGUUCAUCAGUUCGAAAAGGUCGAGCAGUUUGUCGCAGUAUCUGGCGAAGGCGAUGCGAGUUGGAAGGAGAUGGAUCGCAUGAUCGGCAACUCCGAGGCGUUCUAUCAAUCGCUUAACAUUCCUUACCAAGUGGUGAACAUUGUCAGUGGCGCGCUGAAUGACGCCGCGGCGAAGAAGUUCGACCUCGAGGCGUGGUUCCCGUCCUCGCGCACCUUCCGCGAGUUGGUUUCAUGCUCCAACUGCCUCGAUUACCAAUCUAGACGUCUUGAGAUCCGCGAAGGCGCGCCAAAGAAGGGACCGGAGAAGGUCAAGGCGUACGUGCACUUACUCAACUCCACGCUCACCGCGACUGAGCGUACUUUGUGCUGCGUGAUUGAGAACUGGCAAACACCUGAAGGUCUCGUUGUGCCGCCUGCUUUGCGACCGUGGAUGAACGGGAUUGAAUUCAUUCCGUUCGUUCGCAAGCUCGACAAGAAGGGAAAGCUCGUCGAUGUUACGCCGGCGCCAGCGCCGCUAUUCCCGUCCUAUGAUGUCACCGCCGGCGCUGAACCUACCGCUUACGUCAACGCUGGUCCAUGCGCGGUGUCCAAGGCGAUUCAACAAAUCGUCAAGAGCACUGGUGCCGCGGUGAAGAUUGAACCGGCGGCGAUGUGCCCGGAAGAGAUCAAGGCUGAGACGGACAACGCAACGCCCGUGUUCUCGCAAGGUGACCUCGUGCUCUCUGCGCCGUUGGCCAUCCUCCGCCAUAUCGUCAAAUCGAAUCGCGUCGGUGCUGGCUUAUACCCGGCCGGUGCCGCCGAACAAGCCCGCGUGGAAGCUUUGAUCGAAUCCGCCGCCGCCGGUGUGGAGGCUAUUGUUGCCAAGAUUGAGAAGGCGCUCGCGUCCUCUACGUCCGGCUUCCUCGUCGGCAGUUCCGCAUCUUUGGCCGAUGUCUACCUCGCUGCCGUGUGCGAGUCAGUGUCUGGCGGUUCUGACGCCUUCAACGAGUGGCGAACCAAGUCUGGCGCGCUCUAG